UCGUUCAUCGUUGCGCGUUGCGAUGUUUUGUUGGUACGUGCCACAUUUUCGGCACGCCUCCGGCUAAACGAGUGUUUAUCUUUAUGAUUGUGUUGAAUCUAUACGGAAUUCUUACCAACUCUUUUCAGCUUCACAUUGUUCACAGAUAUGAUAUACUAAAUAAAGAUGAGGAUUAUGUCAUGUUAUCUUCGUCGUUUCACAAUAACAGCUCUAUUUGUCUUACUGCUGUUUUGUGUUGUACAAGUUUUUCGUUCAGAACUGGGAUUUAAUGACAAUGAUUUGUCAAAUCUGGAUAAACUAAUACACAUAUCUCAGUUAAUUAAGGAAUCUGAACAAUCUUAUGUUGGGGAAGGAGUUGUGGCUUGCAAACUACCUCAAUUAAAUGUUUCUAAUCCAGAAAUUACCAAAUUUAUUCACGAUGUCCCACCUUUGCAAUGUACACCAGAAAAUUGGGUUAUUCUCCAUGGUUCAAGAUUAAUUAUUAGCAGCAGAGCAAAGAAAAGACAUGGAUCCAUAAUUUGCUCUUUUAGUGAAAUUCUUAGGGAUGAUGAUUACAAUGUAUUAUUCAAACCUGCUGUUGAGUCUGAAGAUUCCUAUGUUCUAAAACAUAGCGAUUUUGUUGAUAUUAAGUGUGAAUCAAAAGAUGGAAAUAAAUGGCACAGUAUUAUGGCCGGAGUGAAAGAUGAUCCUGAAGUAAAUGAGAAAAGUAAAUGGGAAUAUGUUGGAAACAAGGCCCUUAAACUAAAUGUACUUAUGUUUGGCUUUGAUUCUCUAUCCAGAAAUACAUUUAUACGCAAAUUACCAAAAACAUAUCGGUAUUUAAAAGAAUACUUAGGAGCUUUAAUACUAGAAGGAUACAACAUAGUAGGUGAUGGAACACCACAAGCUCUUAUUCCUAUACUUACUGGAAAGAUUGAACUUGAACUUCCAGAUACUAGAAAACGCAUGAAACUAAAGGCAAACUAUGUUGAUGUAUAUCCAAUGAUAUGGAAUCAGUACAAAGAAAAUGGUUAUAUAACAGGAUUCAUGGAGGAUGUCCAUCAUAUUGGAACUUUCACAUAUCGUCUAAAAGGUUUUAAGAAACAACCAACUGAUCAUUAUAUGAGAACAUUCUAUUUAGCUGCUGCACCGUAUUUUGGAUACUACAACAAAUAUUGCAUUGGAAGCAUUCCUAGACAUAUGGUAAUGCUGAAUUAUAUUAAAGAAAUUUUUAAUGUCUACAAACAUCAACCAAAAUUUCUAUUUGGUUUUCAUGGAGAACUUUCACAUGAUUCUUACAAUGACAUAGGUGUAGUAGAUGAAGAUUUACAUAAUUGGUUAAAGAACUUAAAUGAAUUUGGUCAUUUAAAUAAUACAAUAUUGAUAGUGAUGAGUGAUCAUGGACAUAGGUUUGCAGAAAUUCGUAAUACUUUGCAAGGUAAACAAGAGGAAAGAUUACCAUUUUUUUCGUUUGCUUUUCCCCCUUGGUUUAAAAGAGUUUAUCCAGAAGCUUAUGCCAAUUUUUUACAUAAUACACAUUAUUUAACGACACCGUUUGACGUUCACAAAACAUUAGAGAGCAUAUUGAAUUUUGAAACACCAAAAAUUGGAGAUCGUCAGCAAAGAGCCAUUAGUUUAUUUGAUAAGAUACCAUUAGAGAGAACAUGUGCAGAUGCGUUUAUAGAACCACAUUGGUGUGCAUGCCUGAGUUGGCAAGAAAUUUCAAUUGAUGAUGAUAACGUGAUUGCUGCAGCCAAGUAUUUUGUCCAAUUUCUUAAUGUUUAUACAGAAAAUCAUCGCAAUAUAUGUGAAGAAUUGAAAUUAAAAGAGAUAUUGUGGGCUGCUAAACUUAUACCUAAUAAAGAUUUACUGAAAUUCUACAAAUCGGAAGAUCAAGAUGGUUUCAUGGGAGAUUUUAGUGCAAAAACAAAAUUAACUACUGAAACUUAUCAGUUGAAAGUAAAAACAGAACCAGGAUUUGGUUUAUUUGAAGUCAGUAUUAAUUAUGAUAUAAAGAAAAAUACUUUUUCAACCAAAAUUUCAGAUGUUAGUAGGAUCAAUAUGUAUGGAUCUCAAGCAAGAUGUGUAGAAAAUUCAUUAUUUCAUUUACGAAAAUACUGUUAUUGUAAGGAUUAAGCAGUUAGUGUUUGAAGAAAGUUAUUCAUAUAUU